ACUCCUCGGCCAGCACCCGCGCUGUACGUCCUCUCGCUCCUUUGACCCUGCCAUUCCCUCGUCUCCCUAUCCUCUAACAAUUGGAAUUGCUAUUUUAGUGCGACUCCUGCCGAUCUCGCAAAAUCAAAUGCGACCGCAAAGAACCCUGUCUGCAGUGCACGCUGCGCGAUGUAAUCUGCGUCUACUCUGCGCGCAAGAAGAGGAAACGUCGGAUGCCUUCUUUUUCUGUUACAUCCCUUCAGCACGCCGACAUUGACUCUCAGCCUCCAGACCUCUCUGAGUCACUGUCUUCGCGAUCGUCGCUGUCGCUUAGGUCGCUGGCCGAGUUCUCGAAUGACGAUUUCGAGCAGCUCAGGUUCGAUCCCCAGCUCGAGCAUGACCUACCGCAGUCUUGGCCUUCGUCGUCCUCUUUGGUGCCGGCAGAGCAUAUGUAUCUGGAUGGCGGAAAGCGACGAAGCAGCCUGUCGAAGCCAGAUCAAACGUCCGUACAGCAGCAGCAGCAGCAGCAGGAACAGGCUCCAGAUGUGCCAAGCUCUCAGAGCGCUUUGCGUCUGACUAAGAUUGAAUAUCAUCUAGAAAAACUAACCGAGCUGCUCGAGCAGCAGCAACGUGAGCAGCUCCGCGCGUCAGCCGCGUCUUCAUCAUCAUUGCCUCCUAGAGACGCCGCUGCGAUAACUCUAACGUCGAGUGAUCCCCAGGCGACGUCUGCAUAUACCACCGCCGCAGCUCCGGAUACGAUCCGCUCAGACCUAGUCACAAAAGUGAACGCCCAACUACGAGAUUUGGGCGCGACAUCGUCCAUGCUUAUCGGCAUGCGGCAGACUGAAAAGCCCUCGCCGGAGAUGUACGAGGCGCUCGAUAACGACCGCUCACUGAUGUGCUGGUCGAGCGCGCUCGCUGACCAGGCGUCCUCGAUUGGACUCUCGGAGGAGGUCGCGGACUCUCUCGCUAUUGACUCGCAUCGGCCUUGGUUACCGGAUAAGGAAUCGGGUAUCGAAUUGCUUGACUGUUUCCUAGCAAACACUGUCCAUGCCCACCCCAUGAUCAGUCUCCCGCUCGCUCAGUCGAUCCGCGACUCGAUCUACACCCCCGAGUUUAACAACGACAAAUUUUUCAUCCAAAAGCUGGCUUGCGCCUCAUAUAUGAUGAUCCAGGCGUUGAACCAUACAAACCUGCCGCAGUGUGUGAAGAUCCAGGAUGGUACUCCGAUCGAGAACGUUCUUUACCGGAAUAUGUUUAUGGUCUUGCGUGAUGUGCGAGUGCUGUUUGUGCCAUCGUUGAUCAACAUUCAAGCACUUUUCUUGGCAUCGAUUUCAGCAAAGCAAAUCUAUAAUCCCGGCCUCUGCUGGGUCAUCAUCUCCCAUGCCGCUCGGCACUGUCUUGAUCUCGGUCUUCAUCGCGCGGGAUCACUCGCAACAGCACCGUCUACCGCUGACGCCGACACGACCAGUGGAAUUGACGCUGGAAUGGUCUACACAGAGUCUAUGAACCCAAAGUCCGAGCGGUCGCGCCUGUUUUGGUCGUGCUUUGCUGUCGACAAGGUCAUGUCGCUCACGUUCGGUAGAUCGCCUAAUUUCCAGACGAGGGACUGCACGCUGCCAGUGCCGCCAGAGAAACCGUUCAUUGCCUCGGAGUUGACGUCGCUCGGGUACAGCAAGUACCGACAAUCAGUCGAGAUCGCGUUCAUGUACGAUGCGAUCUACACCCGUUUGUACUCUGCGGCCGCAGAGGCCGAGCUUGCCGCUCUGGGACCGGAAGGGUCUCCUGCGCGCACGCGGCGGCGAGGUGAGGUCGUUUCGAGGUUACACUCUGAUGCAGAUCAACUGCUGAACAAUAACAUGGUUUGGAUAAACACCGUGCGGGACUCGGGAUACCCCGGGUGCGAGCAGUUGGCAGACAGCUUGACUACGGAGAUCAACUACGCUCACCGCGUCUGCCUGACGAUGAUUCACAGAGUGCAGUCGUCCUCGUGCGCCGAGUCGCGUGAGAUUUACGUGCGUGUGUCGAGAGACGCACUCCAGCUUUUCAAAAAGAUUCUGGAAGAUCUUCCGAACGAUCGCCAGAAGCAGGCCGCGACGUCCUGGGCGCUUGUGUUCCAGCCCUUUGCGCCCUUCUUUGGAGUCUUCAACGCCAUUGCCGACAACGGAUCCGGCGUCGACAAGGACGACGCUGAUUUAGAAACGCUGUUGCACAUCACGACCGAGCUUGAGAAACUUAACAAGCAGGCUAGUACGGGUGUCGUGCGCAGACUUUUGGGUCUCGCGAACGAGUUCACGGAGGUGGCUACGGAGAUUAUCAGUCGGAGAAAGUGGCAUCUUGAUCAGCUCAAGAUGGCUGACAAUGUUGAUAUCGGUGACAUGGCUGGAAACGGCAUCUACAUCGACGAGCAUAAGCGGGAAGGUUCAGCCUCGUCCACGGAUACGCAGGUAGACGACCCGCCACUGACGACAGCAACGGCUUCAGCUCUGGCGGGCAUGUUUUCCCUGAACUCGUCCGAAGAAGCGGCGCGCAAAGACGAGACCGAGAUAUGCCGCGAGUCGUACUCCGAAGCAGCGAGGCAACCCACGCUUCCGUCGUGGCUUGAAUUCUUGUCGGACGAGAACGUGACAAACGAGGAUCUGGCGUGGCUGGAUGAGCAAUUCGAUAGCGCUCGUGCGGCCACAGGCGGAAACGUUAGCUUUGGUAGCGAUCGGCCGGUGGCUAGCGCGACUGAGAGCUUGCCGUUGAAUCUCGUGGAUGUGAAUAGCUCUCUAGAUUCUGCAGAUGCUGAGAGAGUUCAUGAGUUUUUGCGGAGUCUUUCCAGUGUCUAACCGGAAUACUAUAUGGGUUUGAGGUGGAGGUCCGGGACGGAAGAAAGAGGGAUAGAUAGCAAGAUGUGCUGGGGUGUUUUGGUUUUUCAUUUUGCGUUUAUACGAGUGAUAUACAGGCGCAAGAAUUGGUCGGUGUGCCUUCUCUAUGAAAAGAAGAAAAAACGGGAAAGCAAAAGUCAUUGUUGGUAAUCAGUCAGGGACUGUGGUCAUUUUGUUUUUCAUUUGUGUUUGUUUCUUGUUUUUGCUUUGUGUGAGUGACUGGUAAUAAGUUCUCUUGGUUAUGUUUUGUUCGUUAUAGUUCAGUAGA